AUGCAACCGGCAUCCACGUCGAUCGCAAACAAUCAGUUCAAUGAGUACUCGUCCUUUAGAGGAUCAACGUUCGGUAAAUCACUUAACGACGGCGGCGGCAAUCACUUGAAUUCGAACGAUUCGGCAGCACCGUUCCCGAAGAGUAUACGCUUUCAUCGUAACACCGCGGAUACGUUGGAUGCAGUCUCUCCGUUAGUGACGAAUGUACAACGGACCAAUUCAUCUUCAUUGAUCGAUCUGUCACCUCAUAAAGAACAGUUGAUGGCUGCAAAUUCAUUGAAAAUUACCACAUCAUCGUCUAGCAACGAGACUACGUCCACUUCACAUUCGAUGCUUUCCGGACGAGAAUCGCCAGCUUCAGGAGUCAAAAAUGAGCGCAGAUCAGCGGUUAAUGAGGACGACAGGCGACGUAAAUUAGAACUGCAAAGAGAGCUAUUGAUGAGGUCGAAGAUGAGUGGUGUUCAGUCGAUAGAUGAACGUACAAUAACGGAAGGUAGUAGUUCGCUUGACAUGCAAAGGAAUGAGCACAUCAAAGAAAUGAACAUUGCGGAGCAUAGACCAGCACAAGCGUUGACAGCAUUCGAGAGUGCACGUGCCAGUUUUAUGAGUGCCUCCGAGCGAGCGGCACGUUAUUCUCUAGGCGGUGCUAACACUUCAUCACUAUCCGCGUACAACAGCGGUUACGAGAAACCAACGAACUAUCAACACCACCAUCAAAAGACGAAUUCCGCAGAUGACAAUCAUAAUAAUUCUGUUCUAUUGCCCUCAUCCUCCUCAACACCGUUCUAUAACAACAACAACAACAGCAACGUCAAUGAUCCAACUAAAAAACCAACGACACCUCGAAUUAUAAGGCCAGCGCCUCCACCUCCACCACUAGCGCAAACAGGUUUGAAACUGAAACCACCCAUUCCGGUACCAAGGAAGCCAGGUACAUCCGGUGAAACUAACCAGGUGAACAUAUCACUUCAUCUUCUAGUAUUCAUUGGUCAUUUGAAAAGAUAUUUAUUCAUAGUUGCUGAUCAUCUCUCAUUUAAGAAAGAGUGCACUCGUCGUUGUAAAGCUUUAUACGAUUGUAUCGCCGACAGCACCGAUGAACUAUCGUUCCGUCAGGGUGACAUUAUCAUUGUGACGAAAGAGCGGAUUGCUGGUGAAUACGACACGUGGAUGGUUGCUUUUUCUUUAUUGUUGCUGUUGAGCUGA